AUGCCCGUCACGGUCGCCAUGACGAUCAUCACGGUGCUGGGCCCGUGCUUGCGCACCCUCGAUAACCCGGCACUGUACCAUGCCCUGAGACAGGCAUCGCAGCAGGGUGGAAGCGUUAUAGCUCUCUUUGUCGAAGACCCCACGCAGCGGCGGCCGGGCGCUGCUUUCACGUGGUGGACACGCAAGUCUCUGCCGCUCCUCCGCGCGCAACUUGAGCGUCUCCAUGUGCCGUUGGUGUGUCUCCAGGCAUCCUAUCCAGCGGUAGCCAAUAUUCUAGUACAGAAAAAGGGCAUUGAGAAGGUUUAUGUGAAUCGGCGCUGGGGCGGGACGACGGCGGAGCAAGACGCGUCCUUCACACGAAUCCUAGAGCAGGCCGACAUCGCUCUGCAAGCCUAUACGGCGCACACAGUGCAUGAGCCAUGGGAUGUCAAGACAGGACAGGGAGGCUACUACCGCGUCUAUACGCCCUUUUCAAAAAAGCUGAUGUCGAUCCAGCCUCGCCUGCUCGACGAGCCCCCGCCACAAGCGGCUAGCUCGGCGGACGGCGAGGGAGAGGCAUUGGUCCGUGCUUGUCGAGACUCGGACGCGGUCGAAGUCCUCGAUUGGGACCGCCCUGCAGAGCCGUUUGAUCCUGCGUGGGCACGCAACUUCUCGUGGAAGCCCGGCGCUGAGCAGGCGGAGCAUGCCCUGCGCACUUUUUUGGAAGACCUGCUGCAUGACUACCAGACAAACCGGGACCUGCCCUAUGAAAAGGCGACGUCGAGAUUAUCGCCCUACCUCGCCCACGGCGAAAUUAGUCCCCAUCGCGUUCUGUACGAAACUCGCAAGACUCGCUCACAAUUUCGGUCGGGCCAGAACAAGGCCGCUGUCGCGUCCGCCGAUACGUUUGAGCGUGAGCUCUUCUGGCGCGAAUUCAACUACCAUCUGUUAUACCACGAGCCUGAUCUCGCGGAGCGGAAUCACAAUCCGCGGUUUGACUCUUUUCCAUGGGAAUGGCCGGCGAAGGCCCCGCAAGUACAACAGGCGUGUCAGGAAGACACUCACUCUCGUGGUGACGAGCACGCCGCGCUCGAGGCACGGGCUGCGUUCGAGUGCUGGAAGUCGGGUCAUACUGGCAUUCCGUUGGUCGAUGCGGGAAUGCGUCAGCUGUGGGAGACUGGAUGGAUGCACAAUCGGGUGCGCAUGGUUGUCGCCUCGGUGUUGACGAAGAACCUGCGGAUUCAUUGGCGCCUUGGCGAGGCUUGGUUUUGGGAUACGCUCGUGGAUGCGGAUCCUGCAAGCAAUCCCGGCAACUGGCAGUGGGUCGCCGGUACCGGUGCCGAUGCCGCCCCGUUUUUCCGCAUUUUUCAUCCGGGUCGACAGGCGGAUCGUUUCGACGAGCGCUGUGCGUAUGUUCGCGCCUGGGUGCCUGAGCUUCGACGUGAAUCUACCCAGUCAAUUUCGGACCGGUACGAGAAGGGCCAGGCUGAUUCAAAAUAUAUAUCAUCGGCGCUAUCUCAUCCAUCACCAGCCAGUGCCUGGACCCAGUAUCUCGUGGACCCGAGCGCUACCGAGAAUAAGGGGGCUCUCUUUCGGCGCAGUCAAGUGGCGAAGCCAGAGGAUGAUUACCGGUCGCCCAUCGUCAACUUGAAGCAGAGUCGAGCGGCUGCCUUGGAGGCCUAUCGAGGGCCCCGUUCAGAUGAAGAUCGGCCUGCUAAAAAACCUAAAGUAGAAAAGUAG